ACUUCCUGAACACAAGCUGGAACCGGAAGCAGCGGAGGGUUGUGGAAAAUAGCAGCACCAUUAUCAUCAUCUGGAAUACAUUUUCUGCCAGUGGUGAAACAAUAAGUAGCUAGCAAAGCACAAAGAAAUCUCGACGUUCAUACCUCUCAAAAUGUCUAAACUGGCAUUGUUCAAUGUGUAUAUAACUGAACGGCUAACAGCGGUGGCUGUGGAGAUAGCCGGGGUGGUAGAGAGAACCAUAACAGAAUACCAGGAGGAACUCUCUCGUUCAAAGGAGGAGAACGAACGUCUUCGACGGCUGCUGGAUUUCAAACUGCACAGAACAGGCGACCACAACCAGGAGACCCAUGAGGCGGCCCACAAUUGGCCCUGCAUCGUCCGGCCGGGAUGUCUUUGUCCCAUCUCGCACUAGCGACUCUUGUGGCGGGCCGGGCACAUGCAGUGUGUCAAGAAGCAGUACGGCUUGGCAGGGUCGUGUUUCAGAGGAAGCAUGGCUCCUUGACCUUCGCCUCUCCUGAAACCGUACGGGAGUUGCAGCGAUUGGACAAGACUGGAGCUACCAAUUUGUAUAUCACGAAAUUGGGGAGAUAAGUGGUAAAAAGUAAAUAAAUAAAAUACUAAUGUGUAUUGAUCACAUAUUUAUCCCUUUCCCCUCUUUUUUUCUAGACCCCCAGCAGCUCACGCUCCCAGUAUCUGAAGAGGAGGUUCCCCCUGAGCGGCAGCAUGGUGAGCAGAAGUGGGGCCCCAAUCUGGGGCAGAAGGACCCAGAGUCCACACAGAUUAAAGAUGAACAAGAGGAAAUCGGGACAAAUCAGGAGGAAGAGCUUGAAAGGCUAGAAUCUGAUACCAACAACUCCAUAUUCACUGUCUGUGAGGAGAGAGACAGUAACCCACCUUAUCCGCCCUAUCAAAUGCAUUUCUCAAGCCACACUUUCCAGAGCAAAGAGGAUGAUGUGUUAUGCAUCCUCAUUCCUAAAGAGAUCAAAACUGAGCCUGAUGGAGAGGACUACACAGUAUCAGAAGCAACCAGUGCCUCUCAGUCCCUAUCAGAAGGAUAUCUAGGCUGUUCUGCAGCUCAGAGUGAAAACAGCGGAAGUGACAACGAGGUGGAGAGUGGGGGACAACCGUCAGGGUCAAAGCCACUGGAAUCAUCCAGAAAAUGGGCAAAGAAAGAACUAAGCUUCCAUACCGUUGCUGGGGGCAGAGCGACCACAAAUGCUUCUCCUUAUUGUUGCAAGUUGUGUGGAAGUACAUUUGUGUACAUUGGUCCUUUAGUUAACCAUGUGAAAAAUGUACACACAAAGCAUACGAAAAUGUGUGGUGUGUGUGAAGAAGUCUUUGAGUCCAUGGCAAGUCUGACAGAUCACCUGCAAACCCACAUAAAAGCAACACGUACUUGUAAUGUGUGUGGCAAAUGCUUCCCUAGUGAUGCUAAUCUGAGAACACACAUGGUGUCUCACACAGGAGAGAAACAGUAUCAAUGCAAAGAAUGUGGGAAAUGCUUCAAAACUAAGGGAUAUAUGAAAUUGCAUAUGAGACUGCACACUGGGGAGAAACCAUUUCAGUGCAAAGAAUGUGGAGAAAGUUUCACUUGUAAUGGAUACUUGAAAGCACACAUGAAGUUCCACACAGGGGAGAAAUCAUAUCGGUGUAAGGACUGUGGGCAAGACUUUGACCAGAAGACACAACUGGAAACGCAUAUGUGGACUCACAGAGGUGAGAAACCACAUGGUUGCAAGCAGUGUCCCAAAAGCUUCAAGCGCAAGGAAGAACUGACCAGACACACUGCGGUUCACACAGGAGAGAGACCUUUCAAGUGCACUGUUUGUGGACAUUGCUUUGCCACCCCAGGCAACCUGACACAACACCUGACCACUCAUUCCGGAGAGAAACCGUAUCGGUGCAAAUUCUGUGGCAGAUGCUUUAGAAAUAAUCCGCUACUUAAAAGUCACCUGAGGAACCGUCACAAAUUUCAUGAAAGUGCCUGAUUCUCAGAAGAUGACUUAAAGGACAAAAAAUCUCUAUUUUUGAUGUAAAUAGCAUGUUCUUGAAGAGUACAGACACCUUUUUUUGUGAUUUUGCAUGUUUGAGAAGCUUAACACAAACGGCAAAUCACUUCCUCAUCCUCGUUGUGUAGUAUGCAGUCCCUAAAAAAGCAGGAACAAAGGCUCCAAAAACACCCAAAUGUGUACUUUUAGUUCAUUCUGAACUUUAUCCACUGUUAUAUUACCUUGCACAAGUCAUUUCCCUUAUCCAGCUGUUCCAUUGUCUGUGUAGACUGCUGCUACAUAACUGACAAAAUAAAGAAACCCCAACAUAAAGCAUCUUAAUAUGGCAUUGGGCCACCACGAGCCGCCAGAACAGCUUCUAUACUCUUUGGCAUAGAUUCUACAAGUGUCUGGAACUUCCUGUGUGGAAGCACCCCAUGCUUUCAAUAUCACAUUUUAUUGGUCACAUACACAUUUAGCAGAUGUUAUUGCGGGUGUAGCGAAAUGAUUGUGCUCCUAGCUCCAACAGUGCAGUAGUAUCUAAAAAUGAUUCACAACAAUACACACAUCGAAAAGUUAAAUCAUGGAAUUUAUAAAUAUUAGAUCGAGCAAUGUAGGCGUGGCAGUGACUAAAAUACAAUAUAAUAGAAUACAGUAUACAUAUGAGAGAGUAAAGCAGUAUGUAAAUGUUAUUAAAGUGACAAGUGUUCCAUUAUUGAAGGGGCCAGUGAUUCCAAGUCUGUAGAUGGAGCAGCAGCCUCUAAG